AUGGAGAUCAGGCUGAGUUCAUUCAAAAGAGAGCACUCUCUCAAGGAGUUGUUAUCAAAGGACAUGUCUGAAUACUGGGCUACAGACGACGUGCUUCCGCACUCCAUCCAAAUAUCAUUUGAUAAAGUCAAAUAUGUCCAGUCAGUACAGCUGUUCUUAAGCUUCACACAAGACGAUAGCUAUACACCCGAAAAGAUCGCGAUCAGAUCUGGAUUGGCCAGGGAAUGCAUCAAGGAAAUAAGCUCAGUAGAGCUUGUAGAACCUGAGGGACUGCUGACAUUGAAUGUUGGAAGAAAGUGUCUUUAUAUCCAGAUUGUGAUCAACUCGAACCAUCAGGAGGGAAAGGAUAGUCAUAUCAGACAUCUGAAGGUUCUGGAAUCACCAACAAAGGAGAUUUAUUACAAAAUAUGA